AUGUGGCAUGCGGCGAGACAACAAGAAAAAAAGAUCAAAGAGUUGAUGGUGGAUCAUAAAAAAAGAGCAGAACGAAGGAGAGCAUACUAUGAAUCUCGCCUUGGUGAUCCUAGUCAACUACUUCGCCUUACUGGUACAGCGACUAAACUUUUUCCUAACGCGGAGCAACAUUAUUUCUAUGAAAAUUCCGAAAAGUCCCUAAUGCAAUGGCAAGGAGAUGCUGAAACAAGAAUUGAUAGAUUUGAUGGGCGUGCGCUAUUAGAUUAUCUGCCAGAAAAUAUCCCAAACAUGUUUGUUCUUCCUACAGAUGAAAGAGAUUUACAAGAGGAACUUAAUUUUGAAAGGUUUCGUGACUUGGUCGAAAAUGAGCGUCGUAAUGUUUCAGAAGAUAGCUGCCUUGAGGAAAUUGAGGCUGAAUGGACAAGUCUAUUGGAAAGACAUAAAGCAAUGAUCAAAAAGCUACAAGAGAAAUCUGAUACAAAUAAUCAGGGUUUUGGAUAUGAUUAUGGCACAGAGAAGCAGGAUGAAAUCCCUAGUGAUGAAGAAUCACAUCAUCUUGAUGAUAUCCAUUCAUAUAAUGCUAAAACGGAAAAUCAUUAUUAUAAUUAUGUGGAUGAUUUAACUGAUAAAGAUCGACAUACGUUAAAUAUCAUGGGAAAAAAAUAUCAAAUCCCAGACUAUACCAGAUUAUUACGCAUCGCAAAACGUGAUAGAGAAGAAAAGGCGCAAGAAUUUAAAGAAAGUCAGAAGAUUAAAGAAAGAAAGUCGCGGCGUCAUAUGUCACGAAAGGAAGAACAUGGAGAAAAAAUUCACACGCAAAAUCGGGAUUCUCCUACAUACGAACCUUACACAGAUUCCGAUUCAUCAACGAGCUUGUCAGAUGAAGAAGAAGUUGGAAAUUUUGUGAUUGAAUUUGGCAAUUCCGAAGAAAAUGCAUCGGAAUCAAGUUCUUCUCGACCACAUUAUUCUCACAAAGAGGAAAUAUCUCUAGUACAUUCGCAAAAAGGAUCAUUGUCACAUACACGACUUGUUGAAAAAAAGGACAUUUCUCCUUAUUAUAUCUUUUUUGUUGUAGAAAAUAUUGAUUAUGAAUGGGCACCUCCAAAAAAAUUGACACCUGCAGAAAAACUACGCUUGAAACUUCAAAUGGGUUUGAAUAAACAAAUUCAAGUGGAUGAGAAAAAGAAAAUCCAGAAGGAACGUGAGCAGAAGUUUGAGCGCCUGGGAAGUGAGGAAAUUGAAAAGCAUUUAAUCAAAUCCGCCAACAAAAGGCUUAAAAGUUCAGCAACAAUUAUACUUGAACGAAACAAAUGUAUAAAUUAUUGUGUCUUGUCUAUUUGCUCAAACGAUAGUUAUCCAUGGACAUAUCUGUCAAGUGCAUGGUAUGAUAAUGAUGACUGUAUUUUUCCGUCAAAAAUUUUGUUCAAGCAUUUGAGGAAUAUACUUCUUCCCAAUGCUGAAAAGAUAGCAGCUUUCAAAAGCAGAAUAUAA